UGCGACCUGGCGACCACACUGCUGCAGGCCAUCGAGGCCAACAAGGCGCAGGACGCGGAGACACUGCGCAAGCGCCAGGAGCAGCCCGAAUACGCACCGUACCGGAGCCUGCUAGGCCGGUUCAGACGCGCCGACGCCCAGGACGCCGACGACGGUAGCCCGCCCAACCCCACGCUGCUGCACAUCACCAGGGCGUACCUGCGGCGCCUGCGGGACGACGAGCACGCCGCCAGGCAGGAGUCCCUGCGGCGGGCGCGGGAGACCAUCGAGCGGAGCGCGCGCGGGGACGACGAGCUCCAGGACGACCUGGACGAAGACGAUCACUUUGCGGACGACCUGCGGAACCUGAACCGCGACUCGGACCCGUCGGACGCGAUUCAGAGAAUCGCCCUGCACUCGUGACCAGGGUCGUAUCAGUCGCACAUCACCUAAUUUAUUUUCUCAUCAAUAAAACCUCAUUCCCACAUUGUGCUUUUAAA